ACCAAGGGAUGGCUCGGGAGUAGGGGUAGGAGGUGCCCCCGGCAUGACUUUCCAGAACUAAGUCCCAGCCCUACCUCGGCCAAUUCCAGAUUGUUUCAGUGGAUCCCUAACCCUUUGUCCCGCAGGCCGCCUCCCUCAGGAGUGCUGAGCCCAUGGGCCAGGGUGUCCCCAGGGGCGGGGAGUUGAGGGCCCUUCCGAUCCGUAGUGGGCCUGGGAGAUGCUGGGAGAUUAGCGUGGCGCCUGUCCGGAGAGGUGAGCCGGCAGAUGUCCAGGCCGGGGCCGUGCCGCGGGCCACACUGGAUGGCCGGCGGGACAAUACCAGGACUCCAAUCUGAGACUCCAGGCCGGACCCAGCGGCUACCCGUCUCGGGUUCCUCUGCCCCUCACCUGCCGAGACCCGCUGGAAUUGGGGGGCUGGGCGGCCGCAGUGACCGCAGCUCCCCAGGAGCCCCCUGCCCGGCCUCCCCAGGCGGGCAGUGGAAUUGGACGGGCCCCUGGGCGCGCCAUGCGCAGCACCACUCUUCUGGCACUGCUGGCGCUGGUCCUGCUCUACCUGGUGUCCGGUGCCCUGGUGUUCCAGGCCCUGGAGCAGCCCCACGAACAGCAGGCCCAGAGGGAGCUGGGGGAGGUCCGAGAGAAGUUCCUGAGGGCCCAUCCGUGUGUGAGCGACCAGGACCUGGGGAUCUUCAUCAAGGAUGUGGCUGAUGCCCUGGGAGGGGGUGCGGACCCUGACAUCAACUCCUCCAGUAACAGCAACCACUCAGCCUGGGACCUGGGCAGCGCCUUCUUUUUCUCGGGCACCAUCAUCACCACCAUCGGUUACGGCAACGCGGCCCUGCGCACGGAUGCGGGACGCCUCUUCUGCAUCUUUUAUGCGCUGGUGGGGAUCCCGCUAUUCGGGAUCCUGCUGGCAGGGGUCGGGGACCGGCUGGGCUCCUCUCUGCGCCGUGGCAUCGGUCACAUCGAAGCCAUCUUCCUGAAGUGGCACGUGCCACCGGGGUUGGUGCGAAUCCUAUCGGCGGUGCUCUUCCUGCUGAUCGGCUGCCUGCUCUUUGUCCUCACGCCCACGUUCGUGUUCUGCUACGUGGAGGGCUGGAGCAAGCUGGAGGCCAUCUACUUCGUCGUGGUGACGCUCACCACGGUGGGCUUCGGGGACUAUGUGGCCGGCGCCAGCCCCAACCAGAGCAAUGCAGCCUACCAGCCCCUGGUGUGGUUCUGGAUCCUGCUCGGCCUGGCCUACUUCGCUUCGGUACUCACCACCAUCGGGAACUGGCUGCGAGUAGUGUCCCGACGUACUCGGGCAGAGAUGGGCGGCCUCACGGCGCAGGCCGCCAGCUGGACCGGCACGGUGACGGCGCGGGUGACCCAGCGAGUCGGGCCCACGGCACCACCGCCGCUGGAGAAGGAGCGGCCCUUCCUGCCUCCGCCGCCGUGUCCGGCGCAGCCCGCCGGCGGGCCCCCGUCCCCGCUCCCGGUGAAGGCCGAGCCGCCCUCCCCGUCCUCCCCGUCCACCCCGCCCACGGCCUCCGCGCUGGAUUACCCCAGCGAGAACCUGGCCUUCAUCGACGAGUCCUCCGACACCCAGAGCGAGCGCGGCUGCGCGCUGCCCCGCGCGCCACGGGGUCGCCGCCGCCCCACUAACCCUCCCCGGAAGCCCGCGCGGCCGCGGGGCCCAGGGCGCCCGCGGGAAAGAGGCGUGCCGGCGUAGGGGCAGGACCCCCGGCCCGGGCCUCUCCAAGGACUUCGUUCUUGCGCUCUCCCCGGCAUGCUCUGCUUGUUUGACCAAAGAGGCCUCUCUCGACCCGACCGAGGCCUGCGGAGGAGGCUACGGGCUGCCACACCCUGCUCCUGGCCCUCUCCUCACUUCAUCCAUUUGCAGACCCCCCAAGGCUUUCUGUCUCGCUGUCUCGGCUGGGCCCGUCCCUCACCACACCUCACGACUGUGCCUCAAAAGCCUGCAUCAAUAAAUGAAAACAGUUUGCACCGCUGCGGGCGUGCGCGCUCCGGG